CGAGCCAAAUGCCACCAACUUUCCCAGCGCCCCGGUUGGUGCCGCAGCUCCCUACCUGCUUUCUAGGGCUCUCUCCCAGGGUUCGCUCCGCAUCCCGUUGGGGCCCCACAGCCGCGUCUUGGUGCUUGGGAAUCCGGGGCUGGGCACUUCCUGCUCCGCCAUCGUGGUAACGUCACCCCGGGACUCUAAGUCUCAGGUCACACUGUCCAGAGGACCCUUCCCUGCGCGAGUGAACACUAAUGACACGCGUGGUCCCUGGGGCGCUCACCCCUUUACCCCAGCACCUUCACCAGAGCAGAACCACAGCGAGGGUGGUCUGAGUGUGUUUCUAAAACAAUAAAUCUCGGUAACUAUUUUGUAGAGUAGCAGCUCAGAGCAUGUGUUUUGAGAUGGACCCAAAUGCUGCUCUGUGACUUUGACCUUCUGACCUGACCCCUGAGACUCAGUCUCCUCCAUGCCUUGGGGACCAUAAAGCCACCUGCCUUACAGGGCUGUGGGGAGGACACAUGGAGUGAGCAGCAGAGCCUGGCUUGUGAGUCCCUGAUCAAUGGAAGCUGCAGUUGCAUAAUGAUUGAAACAGGCAACCAGCCUCACGAUUGUACUGUGUGCUCGUUGUACUCACCAGGUUUCCUCAAGGCUGCCCUGUCCUGGACAACCGGCCCCGAGCAUCCGGGGUGCGGGGGGGUGAUGUCUGCCUGACUUGCAGGUGCCUGGUGUGGUGAGGGGUGCCAUUGUGUCCAGAGGAGCCCAGUGCCCACUGAGGGAGACAUGGGGCUGCUUACUGGGGAGACACUGGUGCCCCUGGCCGUGGCCGUGGCCAUCUUCCUGCUCCUGGUGGACCUGAUGCACCGACGCCAGCGCUGGGCCCCACGCUACCCACCAGGCCCCACGCCCCUGCCUGGGCUGGGCAACCAGCUGCAGGUGGACUUCCAGGACUUGCUUUCCUGCUUUACUCGGCUGCGGCGCCGCUUCGGGGACGUGUUCAGCCUGCAGCUGGCCUGGACGCCUGUGGUCGUGCUCAACGGGCUGGCGGCCAUACGUGAGGCCCUGGUGGACCGCAGCGAGUACACCGCCGACCGCCCACCUCUGCCCGUCUCCAAGCACCUGGGCUUCGGACCCCACGCGCAAGGGAUCCUCUUUGCCCGCUAUGGGCGCGCCUGGCGGGAGCAGCGGCGCUUCUGCGUGUCCACCCUGCGCAACUUCGGCAUGGGCAAGAAGUCCCUGGAGCAGUGGGUGACCGAGGAGGCCUCGUGCCUCUGCGCCGCCUUCGCAGACCAGGCCGGACGGCCCUUUAACCCCAACACCCUCCUGAAUAACGCGGUGACCAACGUGAUCGCCUCCCUGACCUUCGGGCGCCGCUUCGAGUACAACGACCCGCGCUUCCUCAAGCUACUGGACCUCACCGAUGAACAAGUGAAGGCAAAUUCUGGCUUCCUGGCUCAGGUGGCGCACGCCAUCCCCGUGCUCCUGCACAUCCCGGGGCUGGUCGACAAGGUCUUUCCGGGGCAGAGGGCCUUCAUGGCCCUGCUGGAUGAGCUAGUUGCCGAGCACAGGAUGACCCGGGACCCGGCCCAGCCUCCCCGGGACCUGACUGAUGCCUUCCUGGACAAGGUGGAGAAGACCAAGGGGAACCCUGAGACCAGCUUCAGUGAUGAGAAUCUGCGCCUUGUGGUGACUGACCUGUUCCUUGCCGGGAUGGUGACCACCUCGAUCACGCUGGCCUGGGCCCUCCUGCUCAUGAUCCUGCACCCGGAUGUGCAGCGCCGUGUCCAACAGGAGAUCGAUGAGGUGAUAGGGCAGGCGCGGCGACCAGAGAUGGGGGACCAGGCCCACAUGCCCUUCACCAUGGCCGUGGUCCAUGAGGUGCAGCGCUUUGGGGACAUCAUCCCACUGGGCUUGCCCCACAUGACAUCCUGCGACACUGAAGUGCAGGGCUUCCUCAUCCCCAAGGGGACAACGCUCAUCACCAAUCUGUCAUCGGUGCUGAAGGACGAGGCCGUCUGGAAGAAGCCCUUCCGCUUCCACCCCGAGCACUUCCUGGACGCCCAGGGCCGCUUCGUCAAGCAGGAGGCCUUCAUGCCCUUCUCAGCAGGCCACCGCUCGUGCCUCGGGGAGCCCCUGGCCCGCAUGGAGCUCUUCCUCUUCUUCACCUGCCUCCUGCAGCGCUUCAGCUUCUCGGUGCCCACUGGGCAGCCCCGCCCCAGCGACCACGGUGUCUCUGGUGUACUGGUGACCCCCUCCCCCUACCAGCUCUGUGCUGUGCCCCGCUAGAGGGGUCACCAAGUCCCUAACCCGCUCCUGGAGAAGCACUGAUAUACAAUAAACCAGUCUGAUGGCUCCAACCUGGCUUGAGUCCCACUCUGGCCCCGUGACCAGGCAGAGCCAGUGAUUCAGCCUCAGCAGCCUCCCCAGGCCAGCCUCUACCCCUCCCUGAUCCAGCCUCACCUGGCAUCUCUCCUCAUUUGAGAGACAGUUAUACUGACGCUCAGAAGGUGAGAGUUUACCCCCUAGUCACCCAUGGAGACCCAGCACUGGCUGCCUUGGUUGGUGACUAAGUCCAUGUAGAAGUCUUGACUCCUGGGUGUCAGGGAGCAGGAGGCGUGUGAAUGGGCUUCUAAUGGGAAUCAGCCCGAUCCCUGGCUGAGUGAAUCCCUCAGGUUCAGGGAUUCACUACAAGGACUCACGGGAGUCAGAAAAGCUGUUACACUCACGGUUAUGAUCUUUCCAGAGAAAGGAUCCAUAUAGAAUCAGCAGUGGUCUAAGGCACAUAGGUGGAGUUCAGGAAGAACGGGCACAAGCUUCCAGCUGUCUCUCCAGAGGAUUCAUGCAUACAGUGCUCGGUUCUCCCAGCAAUGAUGUGGGACACAGCAGAGCGUAUUGCUCACCAGGGAAGCUCACUUGAGUCUGAGUGUCCAGGGAUUUUGUUGGGGGUCAGUCACUUAGACUCAGAGAGCCACAUGGCUGACCUCAGUUACUCAGUCUCCAGCCCCUCUCAAGGUCAAACAGUGUGUCCCAA